ACCCUGAAUCCUAUACAGAGAGGGAGGUUGACUAUGAAACAGAAGCAGACUGGGAGACACCAACAGAGAUGGAGGGAGAGAGAGAACCCAUAGCAGCAGAGGGAGAGACACCAUGGGAAAGACAUAGAGAGAGGGAGAUGGUAGAAAAGAAAGGAAACGAGACAGAAGGAGAGAUAUACCAUGAUGCAGAAAGAGAGGGAGAGGAGGAGAGAAGUGGCGACUCUGAAUGGGACACGGAGGAGGACAGUGAAUACGAGAGGGAGAGAGAGGGGGAAAGGAUGGAGAUGGAGAGAGAGAGGAUAGAGCUUGAAAAAGAGAGGGAAGCAGAGCUGGAGUUGCAGAGGGAGAAAAUAGAGAGGGAGAGACAACUAGAGAGGGAGAACGUGGAAAAGGAGAGAGACCUGCAAAUGGAGAGGGAGAGUGAACUAGAGAGCGAGAGAACAGAGAUGGAGGGAGGUAGAGACCUGGACAGGGAGAGAGAGGAGUGGGAGAGACGGAGGCAGGAGAUGGAAAGAGAGAACGGAAGACAAGGAGAGUACGAGGAGGAAGGAGGAGUAAGACCCUAUCCAGGGCCAGAAUAUGACUAUUUGAAGGGUGCACCGGGUGAAAAUGGACUUCCGGGACCGAAGGUGAUUACCAAUCAUUUUCAAAUAAAACAGUGUCUUCAAAUGGAGUGAAAGAACAAGAUGUCCUGAAUCUGCCCCCAUAUCUCUAC